UUCCUGUAUCUGAAGUUCGUUCUUUAAUAUAAUCUUGGAUCGCUCAUCCCUUCCCACCCAAACCAUCCCGAGCAUAUGAGUGUGGAUGGGACAUGUUGGUUAGUGUGGGCAAGUUGGGCCGAAGGGCCUGUUUCCAUGCUGUAUCACUCUAUGACUCUGCCCAGAGUAGGGGACUCAAGGUCUAUUAUGUAAAAGAAUAUGUGUGUUAUGAUUGUGUUUAUAAUUUGUUUGGUUGUUUUGUUGUUUGUCUUUUGCACAAAAGUCCGCGAGCAUUGCCACUUUUAUUUCACUGCACAUCUCGUAUGUGUAUGUGACAAAUAAACUUGACUUGACUUGUCUAAGAUGAGGGGGGGGUGGGGAAUAUUUAGACAAUAGACAAUAGGUGCAGCAAUAGGCCAAAAUCGUAACUUGUCCCUUGUGUGUGCGGGAUAGUGUUAGUACAGACACCUGGGUUGGAUCCCGACCAAGGGUGCUGUGUGUAUGUCCCACCGACUCUGCACCGACCAGCGAUUACUCUGCACACUAACACACUAACCCUCACACAUUAGGGGGGAGAUCGUACAAAUACUGUACAGACAGCACCCGUAGUCUGGAUGGAACCCGGGUGUCUGGCGCUGCGAGGCAGCAACUCUACCCGCUGUACCGUGCCGUGCAGAAUAUGAAAUACGUAACGCUACAGUUAAGACAUUUCACCUUCUCCAAUCUGUGUUUCCUACAGGAAAUGAUGGGUCAAAGCUUCAAUCUAGAUGACCAUGAAUUUGACAAUAUCUUUGAAAACUAUUCGUACGAGUACGAUUUUGAACCCAACGUAUCUCCCUGCAUCCCCCUGGCGAAGAAUUCGCUCAACAUGAUGUUGGCGGUGGUCUACAGCCUGGUGUGUCUCUUGGCCGUGACGGGGAACCUGUUGGUGUUGGUGGUCAUCCUUCACAACCGCCGCACCAUCUCGUCCACGGACGUCUACCUGCUCCAUCUGGCCACGGCCGACCUGCUCUUUGCCCUCACCCUGCCCUUCUGGGCAGUGGACGCCAUGUCUGGCUGGGUGUUUGGUGACGCCAUGUGUAAGGUGAUCAGUAUGUUGCAGGAGGUGAACUUUUACAGUGGCAUCCUCCUGCUGGCCUGCAUCAGCGUGGACCGCUACCUGGCCAUUGUCCGCUCUGCCCAGUUGCACGGCCACAAGAGACCGUGGAUGGUCAAACUGGUGUGUGCCAUCGUCUGGUUCAUGGCCCUGCUCCUGUCCUUGCCCGUCCUCUACAAGGGUGAGUGGACCCACGGCGCCAGGACCCUGUGCUACGAGAACCUCGACGGACAAUCGGCCGACAUCUGGAGAACCGCCACCAGGUUUGUACGGCACGUGAUUGGCUUCCUCAUGCCGCUGGCCACCAUGGUCUUCUGCUACUCCGUCACCGUGUGGAAACUGUGCCAGACCAAGGGCUUCCAAAAGCAGAAAGCCAUGAAGGUCAUCAUCGCGGUGGUACUGGCCUUCCUGGUGUGCUGGCUGCCCCACAACGUCACGGUGCUGGUCGACACGCUGAUGAGGAGCAAACUCAUCGAAGACUCUUGCGCCAAACGUGACCAUGUGGACAGGGCUCUGUCCGCCACCCAAACCCUCGGCUUCACGCACAGCUGCAUCAACCCAAUCCUCUACGCAUUCAUCGGGGUGAAGUUCAGGAGGAACCUGGUGAAGAUCUUGGCUAAAUCUGGAAUCGUGAGGCGAGCGAUCAUCUCCAAGUACAGGAGGUCCAUGUCGUCCAUCUCUGAAUCUGGCCUCAUCUCCACCGCCAUCUACAUGGACCACGAUGGAAACGCCCGGGCCACUAACUAACUGGCUGGGAAGGAACAUGAAGGGACGUCCAGCCACAUCUAACCAUUGGAACGUCCAAACAGCUGAAAGAACAUCAGUGGAGACAAGAACAGGAUGAACAAACGCUCAUCAUAGGUUAACCCACUCAUUCAUAGAAACAUAGAAAAUAGGUGCAGCAGUAGGCCAUUCGGCCCUUCGAGCCUGCACCGCCAUUCAAUAUGAUCAUGGCUGAUCAUCCAACUCAGUAUCCUGCACCUGCCUUCUCUCCAUACCCCCUGAUCCCUUUAGCCACAAGGGACACAUCUAACUCCCUCUUAAAUAUAGCCAAUGAACUGGCCAACUACCUUCUGUGGCAGAGAAUUCCACAGAUUCACCACUCUCUGUGUGAUUUUUUUUUUCCAUCUAAAUCUAACCAACAUCUAAAAGAUUUCCCCCUUAUCCUUAAACUGUGACCCCUUGUUCUGGACUUCCCCAACAUCGGGAACAAUCUCCUGCAUCUAGCCUGUCCAACCUCUUAAGAAUUCUGUAAGUUUCUAUAAGAUUCCCCCUCAAUCUUCUAAAUUCUAGCAAGUACAAGCCGAGUAUGAUAGAGAGAUAGAGAUACAGAGGGAAACAGGCCCUCGGCCCAUCGCCUCCAUGCUGACCAUCAACCACUCAAUCACACUGUUCUUACCCUCAACCAAUCUAAAUUGCAGAAGACAUUGAGGCCACAUUAGAAGUAAUGUUUAAGAAAGAACUGCAGAUGCUAGAUAAAUCUAAAAUGCUGGAGA